AUGGGAAAAUUGGAUGAUACAGGGAGCCCAAGUGACACAAAAAAUGAGGAAGCCUGUCGCUCUGGGGUAGAAGAACAUGUGCAUUCUUGUGAUCAGGUGGGAACUUCAGAUGCAAUGAAGGACAGACUGUAUAAUACAAGAUAUUUCAUUAUCAAGAGCUUGAACCAUCAAAAUAUUCAAUUGUCUAUCAAGAAGGGACUUUGGGCUACUCAAGUCAUGAAUGAACCUAUUCUUGAAGAAGCAUUCCAAAAUUCUGGAAAGGUAAUUCUUAUAUUUAGCGUCAACAUGAGUGGCUUCUUCCAAGGGUAUGCUCAAAUGAUGUCUUCAGUUGGUUGGGGGCGGGAUGACAUUUGGAGUCAAGGGAGUGGUAAAAGUAAACCUUGGGGGCGAAGUUUUAAAGUCAAAUGGCUACAGUUGCAUGAUUUGCCUUUUCAAAAGACUCUUCAUCUAAAAAAUCCUUGGAACGAUUACAAGCCUGUCAAAAUUAGUAGAGACUGUCAGGAGUUACCUCAGGAUAUUGGUGAAGCUCUUUGUGAUCUCCUUGAUGGGGGAGAUGAUGUGGAUCUCAAUUUGAAAAGGGAGGAAGUGAGGGACGAUCCUUCUUCAAAAUGGCUCUACAAAGAGCAGUUACAUGCUUUUCAAGAUGAAGACUUCAACGUCCCUCCGAUGCUUGUGGAUUCGAUGCUAUAUCCCUCUUCAUUAUAUGAACAUCAAGCUGAAGCAGGUAGAUUUCAUUUAGAACACCUGAGAACAGGCGGCAUAUAUCUUCCCAAGAAUCCAUCAGUUGCUACUGGGGCAUCCAAAAUUAAACAGUCAAAAUAUUCUCGAACAAAUGGAAGUUUUGCUAGUAUAAAGGAUGGAUCUCCUCGAUUCAAUGGCUGGGGCUUGUCAGCGGAGAGAAGCCCCAUUGCUAGCACUCUGACUGAAGAUGAUAUUCUGGAAAUGACAUAUGAAGAGUACCUGGAAGCUCAUAGUAGAGGGAACAGAAGACUCGAUCCCCCUGCUGCCGGAAGAUCUCGAAGCUUGCAGAAGCCUUCAUCUAGUAAAGAAUAUACUGAUGAUUCGCAGUCAGGCUGCAGUUCAAAGAAAAGGACUCGACAUCGAUGA